UGCUGCAAAGCCGGAAGAAGGUGCAGAGAGAUUCUGGGUCCGGUUUCGUAGUAGCCUAGCCGUAAAGCAGUAGCUCCAGCGCUGCGGUCUACUGAAAGUCAGCUCUCGACAAGACGCUAAUUGUGCUGGAGUAGGCGAGCAGCUCCUGCAUACCCCCCGGGCGGACUUCAACUACUGAUGGGUUAACCGUGCAUUGAGAAGAACGUCUCCGGCGGGAAAGUUAAUAUGAGUUAAUCAAGGAGAGCUAGAAAACAGUGGAAUCCUCACAAAAGGUUUAUGGUUGGUUGGUUUAUGGCUGCUUGUCUCACCACCUCGGCUACUGGUCUUGCAUAGGUUUCUUCCACCAGCCAUGAUAAAAGAUAAGGAAGCGUUCCAGAGACUCAGCUUUCUGUACCAGGCAGCACAUUGUGUCCUUGCACAGAAUCCAGACAACCAGGAGUUGGCGCGUUUCUAUUGCUACACACAGAACAGUAUCAGCCGACGGCUGGUCUUAAGGCAGGACCCCUCUGUCAAAAGAACCAUCUGCAAAGCUUGCUUCUCCCUGCUUGUCCCUGGAGUCAGCUCAACCGUGCGCCAGAGAAAGCGCCGUAAUCAGCGGUGGACUGUCAUGCGGUGUCUGAACUGUGGCCUAACCAAGCGUUUCUUCAGCAACCCUAACUACAAGUUGUGGUCAGAGCAACCUGAGGCAUUACUGGAGAACCAGAUACCAGCCAGUGAAGGAGCAAAAGCUCCAGGCCAGGCGCUCCGCUCAGUGCAGUGCCCUCCUAAGGUCUCGCAGGCAAAAAAGGCGACAACCCCGAGCUCUGAGCCUCGCAGCCGUCCUGCCUCUGAGGAGGGAACAGCAGGCACCAAGUCUAAAGGAGAGAAGGACCUGAGUGGGAGCUGACCCCUUCCUUGGGAACAGAAUCUUUCCAGUGGGGCAGGCCGCUGUGACUGUUUAAUGGGUGGAUUUGAGAUGGGACAGGAGAACUAAAUGCAGCAAACAAAUUAUUUGCUGCAAGAAGGUGAUGGAUUUUAUUUUUUCAAGCAAAACCCCUUCUGACCAGUUGCAGGACUUGAAUGGGUUUGGGAACAAAGGCUACUUUUUAUAGGACCCUUUUUUAUAACUAGGGGAGGCGAGUUAUAACAAAUGCAAUGCCCCCCCCCCAAUCUGCACAGCUUGAAGUCAUUUCCUCCUCUCCUCCUCACCCAUGCAUACUUCUCUUCUAGUUGGCCCAACCUGGCAAUACUGCCAAUUGUAAUAUGUGUGUGGGGCUCGCUAAACCCCAGAUUAGGGGAAAUUGCUGAACCAGGAGAUUCUGAUUAACUGUCUUUCUUGAUGGAUUCGAGGUGAGGGAUGGCAAGGCAUAGCUCUGGUCCAACAUCAGGCGGGAAGUUAGUUGUAUGUAAAGAACUUAAAAUAAAAUUUUGUUUCAAGAAGUUUUGAUUAUGCUGUAGUCUGAUUCAGUUUCCUCUCCUACUAAUGUAUAGUGAAAGUAAACACUGCUGAAAAAUAAAAUAGCCCAAUCUUGGGAGUUAAGAAUUGAA